UUAGGGUGUGUGUGUAGAUUAGGGUGUGUGUGUAGACUGGGGUGUGUGUGUGUAUGCAGAUUGGGGUGUGCACGUGUGUGUGUGUGGACGUCUCUGCACGUGCGUGUGCACGCGUGCCGGGGCUCGUUCGUGUGAGGUUGAGGACACAGCCCACUCUACUCCCCACCGGGGGAACCAGGUAGAGCCCCUCCCACCUGACCCCAGGUAUGCCACCCCCCUCCCUACCUGACCGCACAUCCCACCGCCCACAUCCGCCCAUCCGCCACCCCCCCGCCCGCCGCCCUGUCUGUGAGACUCACGACGCUGGACGAGAGCAACGGUGGUGUCCGUGGUGAGUCCGGUCGUGUCUCCUCUCCCCGCACGGAGCGCACCAGAGGCCGGGAGCCACCACGCGGGGUGGAGACGCCGCACCGACACCCGGCGAGCAGCGGAGUUGGAGGUUGCUGUCACGUGACGCUGGUGACCCCUGCUGAACCCUGAGUACCGCCCUCUGGUAGCGCUGGCAGCGAUGUUGCGUGCAGAUGCGGUGCUGUCCGCUGGUGCUGCCGACGUUCCGCUGCUGUCGCCCUCCAUCACCGUCGACAGAAUCCGCAGGAUCUUCACUCCCCCGGCUCCCAUGAGGCUUUACAACCUUGGCGCCAUGCAGCAGCAGGAGCAGCAAGAGCAGCAGGAGCAGCAGGAACGCGACGGCGCCCAGCCAGCGUCCGUCACGCCCGUACAUUCCGAGAGGUUCGCCGAGAUGCGGCUGAAGUUUGAGUGUGGCGCAGGGAGGGGAGCAACGACUUUCGCACCGCCGCAUUGCGGCUCAUCGCAUUCUUGCGCCGGCACCCCCGCCUCCUCGCCGUCGCCUCCGGCGUCGUCGUCGCCGCCGCCGUCGCUGACGACGUUGGCGAUAAAGGUCGGGUGCCAGGCCCUCGCCACGGCAGGCCAGGACGUCGUUCCCGGCGCGGACUCCUUGGGCGCCGGCCGCGACGCGGCCCACAGGAGGGACGACGCCGGGGUACGCGCGGUCGCCGCCCGCUACCCCGUCGACCCCGCGCCACGCACGCUCCCGCGGAGACGCGGGGGGCCGAGCGAUGGAGGAGCGCAGCGGCGAGCGACCUCGAUCCCGCACGCCCACGGUGUCGUCUCGGCAAGCGGCGCCAGUGACCCCCGAACUGCCCCGAUCGCCGCUCGCAGACUCCCUCCCAGGUCUCGCCUCAACUCGGGCCCCAUCUCCAAGCGCCUGUCCAGCUUCAUGCAGGACGACAGCUCUUCCGACGGCGGCAGCAACGACGACGACGGUGAUGCCGAUGAGGCCCAGGGCGGCCGAGCGGACGAGCCCGCACGAGAUCCCGCGACCGCCGCCGGGCACCGUGACGACGCUGUGACAGGACCGCCCGGCGCCGGCGGCCGAGGACGCCCGCGUUCGACUGGCGCAGAGGAGAGCCAGGUUCUGGGAAACUCCUCCUCUUCGACGGUGAUGUCGUCUCCCGACGGUUCUCCGGUCUCCAAACUGGGAUCCAUCGCGGAAUGCGACUUGGGUGCCAGCGACUGUGUCGGCUCCCCCGUGUUCACGGAGCACGGGGAGCGGUCGCCCUUGCACCACCGGCACGACCUGGGGGGGGAGGAGAGGGCAGCAACCGUGGAGGACAGGGCAGCACCCGGGGCAUCUGCCGACCACGGCCAACGCCGCACCAAAGAGGGCGUCCCGGUCGGCAUGGAGGCGAGAGGUUCGAGGGAGCGUGAGGGCAGAGAGGCAGCGCUGCCUUGGCCACACGCGAGGACAGAGGCUCGAGGCGCGACCCCUACGAUGGCCGGCGACCUCUGUCAUGAAACGCCGUUACACACGGCAACGGGGGCAACGCUGGGAGAGCCGCCUGUGACCUCGACCACGACCCCUGCCAAGGCUGUGACUUUGGCCGCGACCCCCGCAAUGACCCCAGCAGUGACCGUGACCCCGACGCUGACCAAGACCACGAGUUUAAUUGCGACCUCAGCCCUGAACACAAAUUUGACCCCGUCUGCAGCUCCAGCCAAGAACACAAACUUGACCCCGUCUGCAGCUCCAGCCAAGAUGGUCCCCCUGCUCACGACCCCAGUGAUGACCAAAAGUGUGACCGUAACCCCAAUUAUGACCUUGACCAUGAAUUCUGCCAUUACUGCCACCACAAAUAUAACUUCGACCUCAACCUUAACCGUAGGCGACGUGACCCAAAGCACGACCGUGACCCCAGCGGGCCCAGCCCAAGCAAGCCCUGUCAGCCAGGCCGUGUCCACCGAGCACAACGACCGGUACCGUGGCAACGGAGAAGCAGGCAGAGACGAUGGUUGCCCCAGAGAUGCAACCGAGGAAACCGGGGUUGAUGAUGCUGGGGAGGAGGAGGAGCCAAGGUUUGGGGGUCCCAGUGGGACCCAGUGCCUGGAGAUCCCCGGCCUUGGUGAAGAGCCAGGCGAAGCCUUGCUGCCAGGCCGCAGGGUGCACUUCAGCCACGAGCCAAUCAAGGUGUUCGCAACGUUCUCCACCGAGCGGUACGAGCGCAGGAACACGGACGUGGACCCCGUGCGCGCGUCAGCCGAGAUGGAGCUGGAAACGCGAAUGGAGGCGUUGGACGUGCAGCAGAUCGUGCUGCAGAAGGGGCCCGAGGGCUUGGGCAUCGCCAUCGUGGGCAUCGGGGCGGCCGCAGGGCCGGGGCCCAGGGCGGGGGCCAAGCAGCUGGGCGGCAUCUACGUGCGCGCCCUUUCCCCGGGGGGAGCGGCCCACGCGCACGGAGGGAUCUGCGAGAUGGAUCAGAUCUUAGCGGUUGACAGCACGAGUCUCCUGGGGGCUUCGCAGGAAGUCGCCGCCCGCGUCCUCCAAAGCACCGGGGAGACGGUGAGGCUUGUGAUUGGGCGAGAGAAGGGAGCACAUGUCGUGGGUUCAGAGGGCAACUUGGAUCUUUCUGUGAAGUACAAAGAGCUGCUGAUCAGGUUUGCUGCCAUCACUAACGAGGUGAAGGCGCUCAAGAAAGAGAUGUGCGAGGUGGAGGCGGCGCAGGCCAAGGGCGAGCGCCAGCGGUACCUGCUGCAGACGAAGCUGAAGGAGGAGCGGCGCCGGGGAGAGGUGAUGGAGACCGUCAUGGCCACAAAGGCGGAGGAGGCAGAGAGGCGCCACCAGGAGCUGCUGCGGCGCUACCGGCGCGCUGUGGCGCUGCUCGCGCCGGCGCUGAUCAGGGAGCACGGCCUCACUGCCGGCAGUCACAGUGAAGAUGGCGGCGAUGGUGAGCGUGGCGGCAAUGGUGAGGAUGGCGGCGGCGGUGGUGAGCGUGGCGGUGAUGGUGAAGAUGGCGGUGAUGGUGGAGAUGGCGGUGAUGGUGGAGAUGGCGGUGAUGGUGCGAAUGGCACUGACGCCCACCAGCAGCAGCAGCAGGAGGAGCAGCAGGAGUCUUCAACGGAGGAAAAUGGCAACGGAACAGCCUCACACACAGGUGCUCAGGGACCCCCCGAGGACGGCCCCCGCCCCCUGGGCCCCCGCCCAGGCCCCUACAUCAGCAAGGGACCCCUCUGGCGGCUAGGUGGGCGCUCCUCUGCACGUCCGCUCUCCUCCGUGGUCGGAUUUGAGCUGCCGUGGGGGCGGAGACGUGAACCCGGAGGGCGGCGCCAGGCCGAAACGACCCCUGACCCCACACGGCCACAGCAAGAGACAGGGAUAAGAGCCAUGAUCCCGUCCAUCUUCAGGCACCUUUCACCCAAGCAGAGGCGCAAACAGGGGGCGAACGGCGAGGGGGUCCAGGAGCAACUCCACGUGGAGGCUCCGGAGGACCCGCAGCAGGACCCGCAGUAGGACCCGCAGCAGGACCCGCAGCAGGACCCGCAGCAGGACGCGCUCCGGCCUCACGCAGAUACAAGCUGACCACCCUCGGCAUCCACACUCACGCCCCGGGGUUGACGUCGCGCCAAAAUAUCUUGACCGGGUAGACCGGAGCAGGUGGCUCAUGACGAGCCGAAAAGCAGCGACAGCGAGAGGAGGUAAACUGGACGAAAAAGUGUUUUCUGGUCGCCGACCCGGAAAGACGCGGCUGAAAUGGAGCCCUGCACGGUGCCCACGCUGGUCAUCCGGAACCGCAGCUUUACCCGUGCCACGCCGGUGAUCGGGACUCUAAUCCUGGCCUCGCGAGUUCCCUCCUGGCUCCAUGAUCAACUCGGUGCACGGGAGCACCGAUGCCCGGGCCGCUGCUGCCCACAUGUUUCGUGAUUAAAUGCACUUGGGACCGUGGA